AAGAAAUAGAAUUUCUCUACCAUACUGGCCUUCUGACUCAAGAUAGUGCAAAGAUCCGGGUUCAAGGAUCUAUAUGAAGUUGGUGCCUGAGAAUCUGGAAUAAGCACGAGCCUUAUUGCUGUCAAGUCUGAAACCAAUGACCAAGUCACAGAGGUUACCACAACCGCAGUGAAUCCUAAGAAAUACAAACGGAAAAAUACGGCCAAUGGUGGUUAUAAGCAGGAAGCCUUCUUUAUUAGUGUUAUUAUUUUAUGAUUCCAUGCCGCUCCUCCUCUGAUACUAAGGAGACCUCAGUGUGGCUGAAGCCCCUGACUCACUGCAGGGUUUCAUGGCUGGUACGGGGUACCACAGGUACUGACCUGAGCUCAGGGACCCCCUGGGGCUGGUAGAAGCAGUUCUGGGAUUUUGCUGCAGCCAGGUUCAUCCAGAGGGUUAUUAUGCUGAGCUCUGGAAAAAAGAGGGGUGGUCCCGGUGUAGGGAUCCUAAGCAGUGACACCCCCCCCCAAAGCACGCACACGCUAUAGACAAGCUUGGCCCCGACCCCCGCUGGGGAGGGAGAUGAAUAAGGAGCAAAGCUGGGCGGAGGGGGGGGAUGGGAGAAGGAGGGGGGGAUACGUGCUCAGGUGGGGCUGAGCUAGGAGGCUCCAUGCCUUAAGCCCCCUAGUGUGCGGAGGAACUUCAGCCAUUUCCUUCAGCAGGGGAGCACGAUUAGGAUGGAAGUUUGGGGACAUGCGCAACAUUGGGGACCGCGGGGGCCCCAUAGUGCCAGGAGUCAGGAAGGCUGGUCUCCGGGGCUCAGACGCUUCCCCACCGUGUGAGCCCCAGUUUCCGCAUCCGUAAGACAGAGUCCGGAGAAGGGAAUGGCCAACCCCGCCAGUGUCUCCACCAAGAAUGCCCCAAUGGCGUCGCUGAGUCAGACGACAAGCUCCCCCUCUUGGGCAUCCUUAGGAAACUGCUCUCCAGUCCUACAAGCAGCACCUCGGAGAGCGCUUAACCCACGGCUCCCCGCAAAGAAGGCCUUCCUGGACAAGCUCCCCUCCUGCUCCUGGAACAUUCCCCGCCAAUGGGCUGCAAGCAGAUUCUGCCCAAUCUGCCAGAAAACGCUCCCAGGAGAGCCCGGAGACAGAGGCUUUAGGGAAGGGCCCUUGGUCUCCAGAUCUUUCUCAUGAUCGGAGCAGCCUCUUCCUCCAGGGCCUUCUUUUUAUCAGGCUUAAUACCAGACUGGACGCUCAAGAAGGGGCCGCCCCAACACAGGAACCGAGGGCCGGGGAUGAUGUAUGGGUCAAAGAAAGGUUUAUCAGUGGGGGAGGGGCUGGGCCACGUGGCCAGGAGACGGUCAUCUGCUCAUGUGGGACAAGAAAAAAUGAUCCAGCUUUUCCUGUAAUGGAGUCGCCCGUGCGGGGCGGGGCUUGGUCACCACACCAGGGAUGCAGGGCUUCUUUGUAGCUUCUUCUGAGGAAGCAAGGGAACUUAGAAUCUGCAGGUCACGGCUCUGUAUGAUGGGGACUGGCGUAGGCUUGCUGGGCAGCAGGGAGGGUCCAGGGGACACGGAUGGAGCUUGUGCUCAGUCCUCUCCCUUGGCUGGGGGUGCGAAGGGGUCCGGGAUAAGCUCAGGUCCAGAGCUCAGCAGUUCGGGCUCUUCUGAACCGCUGAACCUCCUGACUACAUUUCCCAGAAAGCUUUACGAGCGCGGCUGCCAACCUCCCGGUGCGGUUCCGGGACUACAAAACCUCCGUCCCCCCCCACUAACGUAACUUCCGCUCCUCUGUCCUAGGCGCAGGCUCGUGGCCGCCUCAGCUCCGUUCCUUCAGCCUCCACCGUGCUCGGCGUCUGAGGGUCACGUCUGGGGCCGGCUCCGCCCCCUGAGACUCAGUCCUCCCUGUCCCUAGAGGAGCGAGGAAUGGCCCCCGGCCCUGAGGUGAGCGAGCCUGCCUGCAGGGGGCGCCGUGGCGUGGGGGGGCAUUCCUCCUCCUCCCUUCCCCUCCCCUCGGGCACCACGUGCUCUCAUGGUAGCCCGAGCCCACGGCCCCUGUCAGCGCGCCUGUGCUUGGGCUUGCAGGGCUCCGUGACCUUCCAGGAUGUGGCCGUGACCUUCACAGCGGAGGAGUGGGGGCGCCUGGCCGCCCCCCAGAGGGAGCUGUACCGGGAGGUGAUGCUGGAGAACUUCGGGCACCUGGCCAGUCUGGGCCUGGCCGUUUCCAAGCCCGCCGUUAUCUGCCUGUUGGAGAGAGGAGAAGCUCCUUGGAAGUCAGGACAGGAUGUCCCCUGGAGACCGUGCGCAGACCUGGAGGUGGUAUCCAAAAUCAAGGAGCCAGCUCCAAAGAUUGCCCUUUUUGUGGAGGGAUCAUCCUGGGAAACCCUCACAAAGGACCUUCACUGUGUCUUCAAGUUGGGAGACACCACAGAAUGUGAUGCCCAGUUAAAGAGAAAUCAAAGAAAUAUGGAAAAACAUUCGAGAAUUCACACUGGAGAGAAGCCCCGUAAAUGUAACGAAUGUGGGAAGCCCUUUCGUCAACGCUCACAACUUAUCGAACAUAUGCGAAUUCAUACUGGAGAAAAACCUUAUGAAUGUAAGAUAUGUGGGAAGGCCUUCAGACGGACCACAGGACUUAUUCAACAUCAGACAACUCAUACUGGAGAGAGACCUUAUGAAUGUAAUGAAUGUGGGAAGGCUUUUACCCGAGUCACAGAUCUUACUCGACAUCAAAGGAUCCAUACUGGAGAAAAACCUUAUGAGUGCAAGGAAUGUGGGAAGGCCUUCACCCAGAUCAUAGACCUUACUCGACAUCAGAGAAUUCACACUGGAGAAAAACCUUAUGAAUGUUUUGAGUGUGGGAAGGCCUACCAUGGGAGCUCACAACUUACUCGACAUCAGAGGAUUCACACUGGAGAAAAACCUUAUGAAUGCAAUGAAUGUGGAAAAGCUUUUAGCCAGAAAUCACAACUUACAGUACAUCAGAGAAUUCAUACUGGAGAGAAGCCUUAUGAAUGCAAAGAGUGUGGGAAAGCCUUCAGCCAGAGCUCACAGCUCACUCUACACCAGAGAAUUCACACUGGGGAGAAGCCUUAUGAAUGCAAAGAGUGUGGGAAAGCCUUCAGUCAGAGCUCACAGCUCACUCUGCAUCAGAGUGUUCACACUGGAGUGAAACCUUAUGAAUGUAAUGAAUGUGGGAAGGCCUUCAGUUGUUUCACAAUACUUACUGAACACCAGAGAAUCCAUACUGGAGAGAGGCCUUAUAAAUGUAAUGAUUGUGGGAAAGCUUUCAGCCAGAGCUCACAACUUACUUUGCAUCACAGAAUCCAUACCGGAGAGAAGCCUUAUGAAUGUAAUGAAUGUGGAAAGGCCUUUAGUCGCUUCACAAUUCUUACUCAACACCAGAGAAUUCACACAGGAGAAAAGCCCUAUGAAUGUAACGAAUGUGGUAAGUCCUUCAGCUGGAGUACAGGACUUAGUCGGCAUAAGGCAAUUCAUAAUGGAGACAAACCGUACGAAUGUAAAGAGUGUGGGAAAGCCUUCCAUGAGAGCUCACAACUUAUUCGACAUCAGAGAAUUCAUACUGGAGAGAAACCAUAUGAAUGUUUUGAAUGUGGCAAGGCCUUUAGUCGGUUCACAAUACUUACUCAACACCAGAGAAUUCAUACUGGAGAGAAACCUUAUGAAUGUUUUGAAUGUGGAAAAUCUUUUAGCAGAAGCUCCCAGCUUACUCUGCACCAGAGGACUCACACUGGAGAGAAACCUUAUGAAUGUUUUGAAUGUGGCAAAGCUUUCAGCCAGAGUUCACAACUGACUCUACAUCAGAGAAUUCAUACUGGGGAGAAACCUUAUGAAUGUAAUGACUGUGGGAAGGCCUUCCGUGAUAGUUCACAACUUUCUCGACAUCAGAGAAUUCAUGAUGGAAGGAAAUCCUAUGAAUGUAAACAGUGUGGGAAGGCCUUCUGCCAGAGAAUAGAACUUAACAUGCACCAGACAGUUCACAUUAGAGAGAAAUCUUAGAUCUGUUAAAAAAAAAAAAAAAAAGUGAAAAGGCCAGAAAAUAGAACUUAUUUGCUUUCAGGUAAUUCAUACUAGAGUAUAGCCUUUGAUGGGUAAAGCCUUUUAAAGAUAAUGUGAGAAAGGUUUUAUCUAGACUAUACCUUGAUAUUUACAAAAUUCAGUCUAGUAGGAAAAAUUAUAAAUUCCUAAUUUUUUAGUAGCUGUUAUAAAAUUUUUUCUCUCUCAAGUUCCCAACUACCUCUUUUUCUCUGUUCCCAUACUAAUUUCACUGAGAAAGUUAUAGUUAUCAUUUUUUUUUUUAGUCCAGUCCUUUGAUUAGUAUUUUCCCCCCAUUCUCAUUUUUUAAAUAUAUUUUUGGAUGGUUUUUAUUUUUACAUCAUUGUAAUUUCCUCCUCUUUCUUUCUGGAUCAAACCUGUCUUUGUGAACAAAAGAAAAACAAUUAUGCAAAUAGGGACCAUAUACAACAGCGCACAAGCUAUUUUGAGAUAGUUCAUGAGCUUUGAGCUGCAGGAGAGAAGUUCUGUUUUGUGAUCUCUUCUGGAUCUUCAUUGGCUUUUUCAUUUCUCAAAGCACACCUUCCUUUUCAGGAUCUUUUCAUUUCUAUUGUUUUCAUCCUUGUGUUACAGAAUUAUUUUCAUCUUGCUUCUUUUGCUCUGCAUAAAUUCAUACCAAUCUUCCAAUAUUUCCCUGACUGCCUCAUAAUUAAUCUAUACUACACAAUAAUAUUCCAUUAUAAUUACAUUAACCAUGGUAAAUUGGGCCAAUCCCAAUUGGGCUUUUUCACUUUACUCUUCAAAUAUCCUCAGAAUCAUUCUCUAUUUUCUCCUGGUCAUAGAGGAUUCCUUACAAAUAAAAAAUUCCCUGCCUCCACACAACACCCUGGACCACAUUCUAGAGUUAUCUCUUAUACUCCUUCGAUCUGUCUUCCAGUGGUUCCUUCCAAGCUGCUUACACACGGUCAGAUAUCAUCAGUGCUUAUUUGACCCACUUCCCUCUUGUUUCUAAGCCCCUAAGGUAGUCAUCAGUAACCCCCUGCCCAACAUAAUGGCCUUUGAUCAAUUCUUAUUCCCUCUUUUCCCUCUGAAUUAUUCAUCUGUUUUCACUGCCUUGUACUUUUCAACUCUCUACUUCAACUUUAAAAACAUUCUGCUGGGUCUUUUCUGUCUUUUCUCUGAUUUUGUUCUUUUCUCGAUUCCUUAAAUUGAACAAUCCCCGGGGUUCUGCCUUUGGCCCACCUUUUCUUUCCCCUGUACUCCUCCUGUUAACAGUCUCAUUCAGCUGUGCUAGGUUGACUAAAAAAUAAAAGACAAAUUGGCCAGGAAAGAUCCCUAGAAUGCUUUUCAUUUGUUUACCAGUUUUUCAGUUACUUGGUACCCACAUUCCUUUUAUGGUAAAUGCAUUUACUUUGUAACAGGUAUCUAUUAAGCCCUUACUGUAUGCCAGGCACUGUGCUAGACUCAGGGACACAAAGAUUAAAUUGAUAAAUCCCUAGCCUCUAGGAACUUACAGUCUACUGGGGGAAACACUAUAGAAAAUCUGUACAAUGUAAAUACAGAACAGUGUCCAGGGAUUGGCAGCCCCUUUGCGGGGGGUGGAUAUGAGGAGUUGUUCAUGGAUAAGGUGGUACUAGGAACUUUGACUUUCAGCAAGGAUUUUGAGAGGCUGAGCAGAGGAAAGAUCACAUUUUAGGUUUUAGGGUUCAGCCGUUGCAAAGGCAGAGGGGCAGGAUGGAGUGUCUUGUGGGAGGAACAGCAAGGCCAGAUGGGCUGGACAAAAUGGGUGCAGUGGGAUACUGUAUAACAUGACAGGAAAGGCAGAGGAGGGCAAGUUGUGAAGUGUGGAGCCUGUGUUUGGUUCUAGAGGCAAUAGGGAUCCUUUGAAGCUUGUUCAGCAGGAAAGUGGUGUGAUGGCAGUGGUCUGAUGAAUGACCCAGCUAAGAAGGUGGCCAUUUGAGUGCAAGGAAAGACACCAUCUGAAACAAAGGAAGAAUUAACCUUAUUUGGCAACUCAUUACUUGGGGGAUAGCCAGAGACUAAGGAAAAUCCUGAUGCUUUGAACAAGACCGGCCUAGGAGAUUGGAACAAUGCUCUUGACACGAUGAGAUUUUGGAAGAGGCUGGGGUUUGGCAGAAGGAACAACAGUUCAUUUUUGGAAAUGAUGCACUGGGGAUGCCCCUAACCAGGGGAUGGCUGUAGAACUGAAGCAAGGGAAGGUAGCAGGCUGGGCUGAUGUCUGGAAACUGUUCCCAUCUGUCACUGGCACCACAUUCAAUAUCGUGUUUCCCAAUGGGAGGAUACCUGCUUAUUUUCUCUUGUUUUCUGGCUCAGCAGCAUUUAUCUAAAGGAAUAUAGAAAAUAUUGGAACCUUAGAUUCAGUAGACCAGCACAGAGAAGCCCACUCCCUGGAGCCUCCUUAGCAGGGAGAAACAUGUUUGGGUUAAACAAGAGGCGAACCAAGGUUCUAAAAAGCCAAUGUAGUGACCUGGAAGAGGGAGUGAGGGUCUGAUCCCUUGAAGUCGGGACUGGCCAUAGGCAAGGCUUGGCUGUGGAGUCACUUUGUGGGGAGGAAAUGUGUAUUCUUCAUGCUAAUGAAAGAAGGGAGGGAAAUGGCACCUCUAAUUCUGGGAGAAGGGUGAAGGGUGAUCUGGGCUAUCUUUGGUGGCGUGAGCUUACUCCCUAGCGGUGGCAGCUGGAGCUGUUGGGUGUACCCCUCUGUGAUCUCAAUAGUCAGGAUGGAGGGAAUGGCAAGGCUUGAAUUAACUCAGGUGAUCUUUUAAAUCCAAUACUGCCCCCACUUUGUUCUGUCUACUGCCUCCAGGGCUAUUCUUCCAAUCUCCCAUGCUCUCCAAUCUCUAAGGUCCUUUUCACUCUCUUCCCUUUUUUUUUCUUUGCACACAAUCAUUCACACACACUCUCACACAGUUUCUCUGACUUGUCAAUUUUAUCUCAUAUGACUUUUCAUAUCUUUGUUGUUUCCACUGCUGCCUCCUUAGGAGAUGUCUUCAUUGGGACUGACAUGAUGCUGCCUCAUAGUUUUUCCUAGUCCAUUUUUCUCUGAAUUUUUUCACAUUUAGUAUUACUUAUAAUGUAAUAUUCCAUUACACUUAUAUACCAUAAUUUAAAUAGCUGUAUUUCCUAAUUAACGAAUAUGUUUCUAGUUCUUAGAUACUACAAAAGCAUCGUGAAUUUCUUGUAUACAUGAUACCUUUUCCUCUACCCAUGACCUCUUUGGUGUAAAAGGUUAUGUAGAGUUCAGUGAUUUUUUUAGUAUACUUCCAAAUUGUUUUUGAGAAUAGUUGAAACACUUCACAGCUCCAUGAACAGAUUUUUAUAGAGACUGUUUUUAACAUUUGCGAUUUUUGUCUUUUGGCAUUUUUUUCAAAUCUGAUGUGUGUGAGCUGAAAUUUUAGAAUUCACAAGAGUUCCCAGCAAAAGCUGGAUCAUCACUUGUCAGAUAUGUUGUAGGGAGUAUUUUUAUUCAGAUGUGGGUUAGAAUACAUGGUUUGAGUUUCCUUUCCAUACCAAAUCUUUUAAAGUGUUUUGUAAGUCUCAGCACACUUGCUACAUACCAGUUUAAUAGAAGUAAAGUUUUAUUUCUGAAAUUCAA